AUGAGAAAUCUAAAUAAAGUAAUUAAAAUUUCUUAUGCGCAAGGAGGAAAUUUAGAGGAGGAACUUAACAAAUUCCUAACAGCGUAUCAUACAACACCUCAUGGGACUACUGGAAAAGCCCCAGAUGAGAUGUUAUUCAAGAGACGUCUUCGCACAAAGAUACCUGAAUUGGUUCCUUUUGAUAAAUGUGAUGAAGAAGUAUGUGAUAGGGAUGCAGUUUCAAACAGAAAGGAAAGGAAUAUGCGGAUGACAAGAAGAAUGCAAAAUAUCCUGACCUAA